AUGAUAGCAAUAAAUAGCGGCUUCUACAGUUUUUCAUGUUAUAAGCUCGUUUUACCAGCAGUGAUUCCGUACAUCCUCCCACGCGCCCGAACCAUCUUCGCUCAGUCAAUCUCAUUAUCAAACGCUCUCUGUGUCCUUGGUUCUCUGUCUUCCAUGAGUAACGCAUUUAGGAUCAACGAUCUCUCACUUGAGAUUCUCUGCGAGACUCUUCUUCUGUAUGUUCUACGCAUGUCACAGAGCGACGUACCGCAUCAAGUAUCUACAACAUACCCGACCAAGUUUUCUAAAUGCGACCCGGAUCCACCUGCGGAAUCUAUGUUGUCGCCACAGCGCCUCUCUCAAGUCUGCAGGUUAUGGCGCAAUGUGGCUACAUCACUUCCAUCCUUAUGGACAGACAUCAACGUUCUCCUGCAUAGAAAUAACAGCAACAAACGGGAUGCUUGGCUCGUAAGAGCAGCCGACACUUGGACAGAGAGAUCCAAGAUGUCUCCACUUCGGUUACGCGUCGCGUACCAUAUUCUUGACGUUCCAAAGUCGAAGUUUGACACUGCAGUAUCCUGGCUUCACUCUCUGUCUUUUGGCACGGAAUUUGCUAGCAGCGACAACAUGCCACAAGUGCACCUCGACAUUUCGUGUUCUUCGGUGAAGAGUCUACACCUCACAAGUAUCCCUUGCAUUAGAUCCGGACAAAUUUCGAGUCUACGGGAACUAACUCUAUGUGGCAUUCUCAAAUUCUCAGGACGCAAGAUCAAUGUUCAACGAGCGGAUCUUCUAGAAGUCUUUCGACACAUGCCGCACUUGGAAGUCCUUAAAACCAACUGGCUCGACUGCAAUUUAUUGGGGUUAGUUGAUUCACAAGCCCUCCCUAUAACGUUGCACAGACUACACACCCUUGCAUUCAGCAACGAUAGUACUUCUGCAUUCAUCGUCAGCAAGCUGCUCCUGCCAGCACUGAGACGCCUGAUUCUCAAACCUUUUCCCUGGGAUUUCUCAGAGGGACUUUCAAAUAUGAUUGAACUGUCCCAGUCUUCUUUGGAAUACUUGGAGAUUUCCAAUGGAUUCUAUUCUGAAGACGAUAUCACUCCUUUUCUGCGACGCUUCACGUCAGACCUGAAAGCUCUUUGUCUGCUGUAUCAUGGACCCUUCUUCCUGCUCGAUUUCUUAGAAUUGCUGUUCAUAAUCGACACAGGCGGGCUUAGGGGAGCCGGGAACAUCCGUUUUCCCAAUCUUGAGGAGCUUUGUAUCAAAGACAGUCGAUCUAAUAUUCAAUAUGCUCGGAUAAGAGACCCUGAUCUUGAAGAAGUAGAAAAAAGAAAAUUUGCGUUCUUUUGCAAUAUGCUUGAAGAGAGGUGCCACACGCUUAGCUUGAUUGGGACUAUCGAAUGUCACCCUGCUCGCCAUAGUGAGAGCCACUGUUUCAAUAUUCCGUUCGUCGACGUCAGCUUCAAACAGAUUUAUAGGACCUUUGCAAAGUCAAUCCGAUUUGAUAUUCGAUUCGAGAAGUUGUAA